AUGGCAAUCAACGAAAGAACUAAACGAGAUACAAUGGAACGCAAUAUUGCAAGUAAAAUUUUCAAUGAAUUGGAACGUAGUGAUAAAGCGAAUGAUCAAGAAGCAGAAGAAAAAGCAUUGGAACAUUUCAAAGCAAAGUAUGGUCAUAGAGGGAAAUUUUCAAGUUCUAGUGAACACAAGUAUUUCUUAAAUAUUUUACGUUUUCUAAUGAAGAAGAAGUUACUAGCAUCCCCACACACUCUUGUCUCGUUGUCUGUAUUUUAUUGUUUACGAGUGUUGUUACGUGAUCCUGAGUAUUUACUAGUUUUCGUUCAAGAAAAUGGGCUAGUUGGCUUGAAAAAACAAAUGGAUUUCUAUAUUCAUAAUCUUUCACCAGAUUUAUGUGAUAGCAAUAACGAAUCGUCAUUUGUAGCAUCUAAAGCUUUAGGAGAUGUGCUUAAUAUUCUUACAAAAGCUUUAAAAGAUACACCAAAUCACAUGGAACGAGAAUUUUUAAUAGAAAGUAACAUAAUCGAGUCAAUUACACAUUUAUUAAAUAACAAUCGAGAUUUUCCGUUAUUACAUGAAACAUUAAGAUUAUUGUUACAUAUGAUUGAUAAAAAAGAAUUUUAUGUAACAGAAUUUCUAAAAUCAGAAACAAUAGAAACUCUACUUCAUCUACUUGAAUAUAAAGAUCUCGAGACAAAACAACUAUCUUUACAGCUGAUGGCAAGUUUUCUGUCACAUCCAGAGGCCCGCCAAUAUAUUCCUCGUAUACCAAAUGAUUUUAUCGAUACAUUCACAGGGUGUUUGAGCCAUAAUAAUGUUAAAGUUCUUGAUCAUGCCAUUUGGUGUUUAACAAGUUGUGCUGAUAAUGAAGAUGAUCGAAGAAAAAUUCGUUUGAAUGGAGCCCUUCCGUUGUUGCUUUCACUUUUAGAAAAUAAGUAA